AUGAACGGUGCGGGGAGACAGGGGCUGAGAUCUGGUGCGGCUGGUGUGCACCACCACCGCCAGUACUCCGAUAACUUCCUCGAUGGCUCCUCCAACGGCAACAGGUGGCUCCAAUCGGCUGGCCUCCAACACCUUCAAUCCUCCACCAAUCAACUUCCUCCGCUUCAGGACUAUAAUUUGUACGGCGGCGGCGGCGGCGGAGCGCAGGGAGGAAGAAUGUACCGGAACGCGCAGAGGGGCUUUAGCGGAGGAAAUGAGUAUUAUGUGGAGCCUUCCACUCCUCCCGGUGGUUACCGUGCUUCGAUGCAGAAAAAGAAUGGCGAUGAUUUGUCUGGUGAUUUCAGCCCCGGCUUGUUGGAUCUGCAUUCGUUCGACACCGAGCUUCUUCCUCCUGAGAUGCCAGCCUCCAAUGCAUAUGAUGCAAACUCUAUGUAUCAACCUGGCCGAGGUAGAAGCUUUGAUGACUCUGAACCUUACAUGUUGAGCAAACAGACUGGCAGAGGUCGUGCUCCAGAAAACAUAUUGAAGAGUUUUCCCGCCGAAAAAGAGAAAUCGAAUUCUGUAGCAAAGAUUAAAGUUGUGGUUCGUAAGAGACCAAUGAAUAAGAAAGAAUUAGCAAAAAACGAGGAAGACAUUAUAGAAACAUAUUCAAAUUCUUUAACAGUGCACGAGACUAAACUGAAGGUUGACUUAACUCAGUAUGUAGAAAAGCAUGAAUUUGUUUUUGAUGCUGUUUUGAAUGAAGAGGUUACGAAUGAUGAGGUGUAUCGUGAAACAGUAGAGCCCAUAGUUCCAAUAAUAUUUGAGCGCACUAAGGCAACAUGCUUUGCAUAUGGACAAACAGGAAGUGGGAAAACUUACACUAUGAAGCCACUGCCACUUAAAGCAUCAAGGGACAUCCUUAGAUUGAUGCAUCAUACUUACCGAAACCAGGGAUUUCAAUUGUUUGUGAGCUUCUUUGAAAUAUAUGGUGGCAAGCUUUUUGAUCUUCUUAAUGAUCGAAAAAAACUUUGCAUGAGGGAGGAUGGUAAGCAGCAAGUUUGCAUUGUGGGUUUGCAAGAGUACCGGGUAUCAGAUGUGGAGAACAUCAAAGAACUGAUUGAGAAAGGAAAUUCCACAAGAAGUACAGGCACCACAGGUGCAAAUGAGGAAUCAUCACGGUCACAUGCAAUACUUCAACUUGCUAUCAAGAGGUCAGUUGAUGGAAAUGAAUCCAAACCUCCCCGUUUGGUUGGCAAACUCUCCUUCAUAGAUCUUGCUGGAAGCGAAAGAGGUGCAGAUACGACAGAUAAUGACAAACAGACAAGAAUAGAAGGUGCUGAAAUCAAUAAGAGCUUACUUGCCCUAAAGGAAUGUAUAAGAGCACUUGAUAAUGACCAAGGACACAUCCCUUUCAGAGGCAGUAAACUGACUGAAGUUUUGAGGGAUUCAUUUGUGGGCAACUCCCGCACUGUUAUGAUUUCAUGCAUAUCACCAAGCACUGGUUCAUGCGAGCAUACUCUGAAUACAUUAAGAUACGCUGACAGGGUGAAAAGCUUGUCAAAAGGAAACAACACAAAGAAAGAUAUGUCAUCAAAUUUCAAUCUUAAAGAAUCAAGUACGAUUCCCUUAUCUUCCACUACUGGAUCAGGCUAUGAGGAUCGCACAACAGAUGGAUGGCCUGAUGAAAAUGAAGGGGAUGAUUUUAGUCCCCCUGAAGAGUACUACGAGCAGGUAAAACCAUCUUUGAAGAAAAAUGGAAAGAUGGAAUCAUAUGCUACAACAGAUGACAAAUUGAAGAAACCCAGUGGUCUGAUGAAGUGGAAGGACCUCCCAAAAAUUGAGCCUCAAACCACACACGCUGAGGAUGAUUUGAAUGCCCUCUUGCAGGAAGAAGAGGACCUUGUAAAUGCCCACCGGACACAAGUAGAGGAGACCAUGAAUAUUGUUAGAGAGGAAAUGAACCUCUUGGUUGAAGCAGAUCAACCAGGGAAUCAGUUGGAUGAUUAUAUAACAAGACUAAAUGCCAUUCUUUCUCAGAAGGCCGCUGGCAUCCUGCAGUUGCAAACCCGUUUAGCUCAUUUUCAGAAACGUUUGAAGGACCAUAAUGUUUUGGUUUCAUCUACUGCCGGUUACUGA